AUGUCAACGUUUCCGAAGGAGACUUUGCACGGACCUCAGGUGAAGUCGCAUUAUCAGAAUGUCGACCACUUCCUUGAUAUCGACACCAAAGCCGAGAAGCCCAUGAAGCCCCAACGCAGUUCAAAGAUACCCCCGCUCACCACGAAGGCCGCAGGUCCUGGAGCAAGAGAAGCCCGAGCUUCUUGCGCCGUCGGGGGCCCUCAGCCCUCACCAGAGCUUGAUUUGGUUUGGGCUCGGAUCGGAAGCUGUUUCCGUUUUCUACGUGUGGCGAUUGAGAAGCACAUUGAGCCCUCGCAUCUCGCUCGGCUUGGCCUACGGCCUACUCUCUCUGAGGUUGCGAUCACCACCGCCAGGCGUUCCACGACACUCAGCCGAGCAGCGAAACUGCAGAAGCAGGCCGAGCGCAUGGAGGCAGUGGGCGGGGAGUGUCGAGACUCGCAGGCGGAGUGGUGCGCCUCCAAGUAUCGAGCACUGGAGGCGAAGGCGGAGGAUGAACUGCUGGAGGCACCUCGCGUGCCAGGGCGCCUGGGGCAUCAGGAGGCGAAGCUGGUGGAGCAGUCCUUGCGUCACAGCCCCGGAUGGACAGAGCGAGUGGGUGCGCAGCAGCUCAUGCUGCAGCGCCACGACUGCAGCGUGAGUCGGCUAGCUGCCAGGCCGGGUCUUCUGUUCUCAGCAGAAGUCAAAGCCCCAAAAGGCUUGCAGCCGUUUCUAGCUGUUGCGGUAUUGCUGCUUGAGAUCAAGGUUGUGUGUGGUGUUGCAGUGACUGGCUGGAUGAGAGCAGAGAAGGCAAAGGCGGGCAUGGGCUGCUUUGGGAGGCUCAGUGGAGGACAUGGAGCAGGCUGGCAGUUGCACACUUCAUGGUUUCUCUUGGCCCGCAUGGCUUCAGCUCUUGCCUUCCUUCUCAGAGAAGAGUCCUGGCUCCCGAAAUUCUUGGAAGGCGCUGCGGUCCACGGCUCUGGCCUCACUAUGCUCAUGAGCGUCAUGGCGGUCAAAUUCAAAAGACGGAACACAGCACAAGUGUGGCACGAGUGUGCUUUUGGGUCGGCGUACCACGCUGGCAGCAGCUGUGAGGAACUCGUCAUGGAAAACAUACGGCAGCAAUGGACGCCUCUGCCGGGUGAGUCCUGGCUAGCGCGGCCGUUGAAGUCGCUGGGCCUCGCCGACGUCUUCCACAGUGAAGGUGGAGAGGGCCGAGCAAAGCGGGUGAGGGAGUGGCCAGUGGUUGCGGCAAAGCGCCAGCGGUCUGGCUCGUGGCACUCGAAGCCGUUGCUUGCGCCACCGAAGCCCGACACGAUCGGUCGAUCGCUGUUCGCAAAGCCGAAGUCCGGCCACAGCAAGGAGCCCUUUCGAGAAAGCGGCCAGCAGGGCUCGAGGCCCUCGGCUUCUACGCGCGGGCCGAGUGCAAAGGAUUCCGACGGGGAGGACUCCGAGGAAGAUUCCCAGGGCUCGGAAGCCGAAUCAAAGGCUUCAAAGGCUUCGGCCUCAAAGAAGGGCAAGGACGGCGAGGACGCGGAGGGUGCCAUCGAGGUCAAGGAUGCGGAGACCUUGUGGAAGGUGAACAUCGAAGCAGUCUACCGCCGCAAAAAUCCGAAGCUCUUGUCGAAGGUGCCGGACUUCAUUGCUAAAUACAAGGCAAAUGGAACCCCACUGGCACACCUGUAUGCAAAGGUGUGCCGCACCUAUGAGUUGGAUCCCAAGGUGAUGUGGGCCACCCGAGGAGAGGAGGAUGACAAUGCGGACGAGGAUGGAGCAUGCUUCAAAGACAACGCCUUCGACGACGAUGAGGCCAAGGAGAAAUCCAAGCACGAAGGUGCUUCUUCUACAGGAGGGAUCUUUGGUGCUACAGGCGGUGCUUCGUCUGGAGGCCUUUUUGCAGGAACCGGCCUCUUCGAUAGUGCACCGAGCUCCAGCUCCACAGGAACGGAUCUUUCAGGUCUCUUCAGCGCUGCGAAACCUGCUUCCGAGGGGCUGCUUGCGAAGCCUGCGGCCAGCAUCUUCGAUUCUGCCCCCAGCAGCUCUGGAAGCAUUUUCGGAGGCGCCGGCGGCUCCGCUUCAGAGGCGGCGCUGCCGAGCUCCGGUGGGAUCUUCAUGUUCGGUGCUAACGCGGGUAGCGCUGCUUCGACGGCACCAGCGACCAACAUCUUCGGCGGUGCCAGUUCGUCUUCUGGCGCAGCUUCGGCACCUUCGGCACCUUCGGCACCUCCGGCACCCUCGGCGGCCGCGACUUCGGCCACCAGCAUCUUUCAGUUCGGGGCAGCGCCCGCAGCGGACGUGCCGCCAGCAAGUUCGAGCGCUGGCGUCGCUUCCAGCGGAGGUGGGAGUAUAUUCGGAGCCGAAGCAACAUCAGGAAAUGCUCUUGCAAGCAUGUCGCAAAGCUCGGCGAGUGCCCCAAGUUCAAGCUCCAAUAUCUUUGGCGCUACACCAGGCUCCAUUGGUAAUAUCUUUGGUGCUGCGAGUUCUGGCAGCAGCAUCUUCGGCUCUGAACCUGGAAGUUCAAGUUCAACAAGUGGCCUCUUCGGUGCUACCCAGCCAGCAAGCAGUCCCAGUACAGGCAGCAUCUUCGGAGCCCCAGCCGACACUUCAAGCAGCAACAUUUUCGGUGCAGCGCCGCCAAGUGCUUCCACGCAGCCAGCGGGCUGCCAAAGCUCCGGCAGCAUUUUCGGUGCACUUCAAGCAACUGCCACCCCGAGUUCUGGCAGCAUCUUCGGCUCACAACCGGCAAGCAGUCCAAAUUCCGGAAGCCUGUUCGGUGCCACCCCGACUCCGCCGACAGGCAGCCCAAGUUCCGGCAGCAUCUUCGGUGCAGUCCAGGCAGCAAGUUCAGGUGGUAUUUUCGGUGCAGCCCAGCCCGCCACGAGCACGAGUUCUGGCAGCAUCUUCGGCAGCGCUUCAGGAAGUGGCCUAGGCAUCUUCACAGCACCGACGGGCAGCGCAUCGACUAGUCCUGGCCUGUUUGGUGCACCGGCAGCCAGUGCGGGAGGUAUUUUUGGAGCUCCGAGCGCAGGAGCCAAUAUCUUCGGCCAGCCAGCCCAACCCGCGCAGCCGGCGCAGCCUCCUCAGCCGGCAGUUUCAGCAGGAGGCCUCUUUGGCGCCAGUGCCGGCUCUCAGGGAGGCGGCAUUUUCGGCGGGACGACUGGUGGGAUCUUCAACCCGGCCCAGGGUGCCGCCAGCUCUGCGGGGGCCGGAAACCUCUUCGGCCAAGCUGGUGGCAACAUCUUCGGGAGUGGUGCUGGCGGUGCUGGGGCCUUCGGUGCAUCUGGAGGAGGUGGCGGUGGCGGUGUUUUCGGCCAAUCCUCCGGUGCAGGAGGCAGCAACAUCUUCGGAGCACCGGCUCCAGGUGCCGCUUCCACCGGCGGCAUGUUCCAGUUCGGGGCGCCGACACCGGCACCGCAGAGCGCACCAUGCGGGGGAGGUGGGUCCCUUUUCGGUCAGCCGCAGCCGCAGCCCAGCCCUGGUGGUGGCAGCGCCUUCAUGUUCGGCCAGGGCCCGGCACAGUCGCAAGGAUCUGCAGACAUGUUUGGACAGCCAGCUGCAGGUCCAAAUCCUGGUUUUGGUGGCUCACCUUUUGGUGGUGCUCCGCAAGGUUUCCCACCACCCGGCGCAGGGUUUGGCCAACCGGCGGCGGGGGCUGCCGGUGCCUUCGGCGGUUUCGGACCAGCUCCAGGUGCAGGUGGCUUCGGCGCUGCUCCACAGGCUGCCGGCGGAAACCUGUUCGCGCAGCCCAACCCCGGCGGCCCACCGCCGGGACGCAGGAUCGUGAGGGCCAAGCGUCGGGCUGGCUGA